AUGCCAGAUGAUCCUCCUGGCCUCAGUGACUAUCCAGCCACGGCCAUUAAUUCUCUGAGUGCUAGAGUUAUUGGUAUGUCUCAGACAAAGCCUUUUUUUGAAGGGAUUAUUUUUGAGUACAAUCAUCUUAACAAACCUUUUGAUAACAUUGCUGAUCUUAAAUUUCAUGAGAAUGUAAAGGAUUCUACAAAUGCUGCCUUUCGGAUGCACAGAAGAGAAAAGGCAUAUGUUCAGUUCCAUGCUGAGUGUGAAUGCAGUGGUCAGGUAGUAUUGGUAAAGUCUUGGCUGCAACGCCUUGAGGAAACUGUGUACAAAACGGUGCGUCUCUGCAUCACAGAAGCAAUACUGGCUUAUGAUGAGAAGCAGAGAGAACAACUGCUUGGAGAACUUUACUGGGGUGAUCAACAGAAAAUAAUUCACACCAUAGAUAUCUACGCCAGAAAUGUAUUAGCAAGUCUUGUACCUCAGAAGAUAUGUGUCACCAGUUGUGGAGCUUUUGCUUGGCUGUCACACCUAUGCCAUGGAUGGGAUGACGCCCAGAAACACAGUUUUGCCAACAUGUGUGAUGCUCAGUUUCAGUACUUUUAUGAGUACUUAGGAAAUAUCCCUCGGCUAGUUAUUACACCUUUGACUGGCAGGUGUUACAUUACUCUAACCCAGCCUCUCCACCUAACAGUGAGUGGUGCUCCUGCAGGACCAGACAGCACAGGUGAAACAGAGAUCACCAAAGAUUUCGGCCAUGCCUUUGGUACUGUGGUAUACAUCUUCAGCUUUUCUGAGCAGAUGGUUUACAAGUCUAUAGGGAAUACCUAUAAAAGUUUGACAACAGGAGCUUUGAAUUCUAUUGCAUCUCAGUAGAAGUCAGUGAUGGCAGUGCAAGUAAAGCCUAUCCACUAUGCAAUUAGGAACAAGAAAAAGAAAUUAGUAUUCCUUGGUGAAAACAUCACAUUAAAGUAAUCAGUUGCAAUAUUUAUUACCAUGAACCCAGGAUAUGUAGGUGAGACAGAACUACCCAAAAACCUCAAAGCUCUGUUCAGGCAAUGUGCCAUGGUUGUCCCUGACAUUGAACUGCUCUCUGAAAUUAUGUUGGUUGUUAAAGGCUUUAUUGAUGCAUGUCUGUUAGCCAGGAAGUUUAUUACCUUGUAUACUCUCUGCAGGGAGUUGCUAUCUAAACAGGGAUUCCUCAACUCUAAUGAUUACUUUGUCCUGGAAUACUCAGGAUCUUUAGUUCCUCAGAAAGAAAAAACAAGGAGACAGAACAGACCUAAGGACCAGGUGCUUAUGUGAGCCUUAAGAGACUUCAAUUUGCUUAAAAUAGUGACAGAUGAUAUUCCAAUUUUCAUGGACCUGAUCAGUGACCUGUUUCCAUCUCUGGAUGUUCUGAGCAAGAGGAACCUACAAUUUGAACAGAUGGUUAAACAAUCUACCCUGGAGCUUUACUUGCAGCCUGAAGAGAGCUUUAUUCUCAAAGUUGUUAAGCUGAAGGAGCUACUGGCAGUGUGUCACUCUGUGUGUAUUUUUGGAAAUACAGGGACUAGAAAGAAUGAUGUGCUGAAAGUUCUUCAUCACACAAAUGUGAACAUGAAACAAAAGCCUGUGCAGAAUGACCUUAACCCCAAAGUUCCAACAACUGAUGAACUAUUUGGUUUUAUACACCAUGCAAUUCAACAAUGGAACCAUGGCAAAUACUGUCAUCUCUUGAGAGAACAAGCUAAUAUUACCCAUGAGGGGCUAAAAUGGUUCAUUUUAAAUGGGGAGAUAGAUCCCAUGUGGACUGAGUUGCACAACACUUUUAUGGAUGAUAACAAGCUUCCAACCCUUACAAGCAACGAACAUGUCCCUAUGACUCUGUCAAUGUGCCUGCUAUUUGAGGUAUACCAUUGAAGAGCUGCAACCCCAGCUACAGUAGUAUCCAGAGGUGGUAUUCUUCAGCUGAACACCCAGGACCUGGGGUGGAGCCGGUAUGUUGCCAGCUGGUUAGAAACAAGGAGAUUCCACUCUGAAAAGGCUUUGAUUAAUGUUCUUGUUCCUGUGACAGAGGGUCUGGACCUGAUUGCUACAUUGACAGAUGAUUCUACGAUUGCUGCAUGGAGUAACGAGGGGCUGCCCCGUGAUAGAAUGUCAGCAGAAAAUGCCACUAUCCUAACAGACUGUGAGUGCUGCCCUCUGAUGAUAGAUCCCCAAUAUAACAAGAUUAAAGACAAAGAAUAUGAAUUUGACAAGAAUUUCCACCUCAUCCUUCACACUAAACUGGCUAACUCUCACUGCAAGCCAGAACUGCAAGCUUAGACCAUCCUCAUUAAUUUCACUGUCACCAGAGAUGGGCUGGAAGACCAGCUGUUGGCUGAGACUGUUAGUGCUGAAAGGCCAGACUUAGAAAAACAUAAGUCAGUCCUGGUCAAGCAGCAGAACUAUUUCGAGACUGAGCUCGGGCAACUGGAGGAUGGCAUGCUGCUCAGCCUGUCAGCUGCCCAGGGCAGUUUCUUAGACAACAGUGAAAUUGUAGAGAAACUCAUACCAACAAAGUCAACUGCAGCAGAAAUACAGCACAAGAUAGCUGAGGCCAAAGAAAAUGAAGCUCAGACUAACGUGACAAGAGAGCACUACAGACCAACAGCUGUAAGAGUGUCCAUUCUUGUUAGUAGCAGCCUGGGCAGCUCCAACACCAUCUACCAGUUUUCACUGAAGGCCUUCAAUGCAGUCUCCCACAAAUUAAGCAGGCUGAAAAAUCAGGAUAUUCAGUGUCAUUUCUCUAACAUGACAGAAGCUGUCACAUGUUCAGCCUUUCUUUUCACAAGCCAGGGACAUUUUAAAAAGGAUCAGCUCAGUUCCUUGGCCCAAACACCUUUUCAGAUUCUUCUAAGAAGUAGAGAGAUAGAACUCCUUGAAUCGGAUUUCCUUCUCUGGUUCAGAGUUGAACACACUUACAAGAGUCCUGUUGACUUCUUAACUACUCAGUCAUGGAGUGCCAUUAGGUCUAUGGCAGUGAUGAAUGUAUUCAGGGGGUUAGAUAAAGAUACUGAAAGAUCCACCAAGAGGUUAAAGAAGUGGGUAGACUCAGGAUGCCCAGAAAAAAAAAAGCUUCCCCAGGAAUGGACAAAUAAAAGCUCUUUUCAGAAACUAAUUGUACUAAGGGCACUCCAUCUGAACAGAAUGACAUAUGCACUUAGGAACUUCAUGGAGGAAAAACUUGGCUCAAGGUACAUGGAAAUCACAAGGAUGUGCUUAGCAAAAUCCUGUGAAGAGAGUAGUCCAGCCACUCCUGUGUUAUUUAUACUGCCUCCAGGAGCAGACCCACUUGAAGAUACUGAGACACUAAGCAAAAAACUUGAGUUCACUGUAGACUCUGGAAGAUUUAACACCUCUAUAGGACAAGGCCGGGAGAUGGUUGCAGAGAGGCACUUGGAAAGGCUGCCAGACACGACCAUCAGGUUCUUUUCUAAGAUACCCUUGAACUGUGUACCAGAGAUGGGGAAUUUAAAAGUGCCCCCUUUUUUUUUCUCUGCACUAUUUUCACACUGUGUUGCUGGGAGACUGCAGUUUGGCCCUUGGGACUGGAAUGGAAAGAACCCGUUCAGUGCUAGAGAACUUGCCGUCUAUAUCGCUGUCUUCUGCAACUACUUAGAGACCCCUACAAAGGUUAAGAAUGUCCUGGAUGAUAUUCUGGAGAUGCUUCCCAAGGAGUUUCAUAUAGCAGAAUCAUGCAGAACACUACUGCCUGAAGCCUCUACACCCUUGGUUGCCUUCAAGAGUGUGAGGACGAAUCUUCUCCUUUCAGAGAUCCAUAGGUCUCUUAAACAGCUGGACCUCAGGCUCAAGGCAAGUGACCUUAACACUACCAUUGCUCUUCUAUAA